GAAAGUAAAACACGCAAGACGGUAAAGGAAGCGAAUCAAGCGAUGGAAGACUUUGUUCCCAAAAGAAAAUCGACAUCAGAAAUUUGGAAAUAUUUUGGCUAUCGGAAAGAUGACACAGAACAAAAAAAAGCCCUUUGUCGACAGUGCCUCGCCGUGGUUGCCUCAACACGAGGUAAUACGUCGAACAUGUUCGACCAUUUGAAACGCCAUCACAAGCUCCUGUAUGACCAAUGCAAACAAAGGACCCCAGGUGAAACUUCCUCAGAUCAAAAAACAAUUACAGAAACCUUCGCUAGCUUAACACCUUACGACAGGAAGUCCAAACGGCAUCAACAAAUAACGGAUGCAAUAACUUUUCAUUUGGCCAAAGACAUGGCGCCUAUGAACACCGUAGUUAAAACGGGGUUUAAAAAAAUGAUCUGCACUCUCGACAAGCGCUACGAAAUACCGUCACGUACGUAUUUUUCUCAAGUGGCCAUCCCAGAGCUGUAUGAAAAACAGCGGUUACAGGUUGCAAAUGAGCUGUUGCAAGCAGUGCAUUAUGCAUUUACAGCGGACUUAUGGUCCAGCCGGACAACAGCACCAUACAUCGGGCUGACCAUUCAUUUCAUUAAUGAUGAAUUUGAACUCAAAAGUCGCUGUUUGCAAACUGCAUUUUUCCCGGAUGUUCAUACAAGUGAGAACAUUGCAGCGGCGCUGAAAGAAGCUGUGGCUUCUUGGAACCUGGACGAGGAACAUCUUGUCUGCAUAACGUCAGACAAUGCUGCAAACAUAGUGAGGGCAGCUUCCUUGAACAAAUGGACCCGGCUGCAGUGCUUUGGACACAGGCUGCAUCUUGCAGUUGAAUGCCAAACAAGAUGGGGCUCCAGACAGAUGAUGAUCAGCAGGAUCCUGGAGCAACAGAGGGCUUUAGCUCAGGUCCUGUCUAAGGAUAAGAAGACGCGCCAUUUAAUCCCAACCUGGCAGGACAUAGAUGUACUCGAAUCUGUCAGUAAGUCACUGGGCCCACUGCUUGACUUCACUGAUGCACUUUCAGGUGAGGACUACAUCAGUAUCUCCUGUCUCAAACCUGUUCUUCACCUCUUCAACACACAAUUACUGCAAGGGCAAGAUGAGGAAACAGACCUGACCAAGAAGUUGAAAAAAGAGAUGUUGGACUAUACAAAUGAGAAAUGUGAAGAUAAAGCUUCUAGAUAUUGCAUCUUGUUUGGACCCCCGGUUCAAGAUGGAUUUCAUCGAUGCAGACAAAAAGCCUCAAGUCAAGGCUAGAGUGACCACAGAGCUAAUGGAAUGCCAGGCCCAGACCUCUUCAGCACUCUUCAGUGCUGCAUCAAGCAGCAGCACUGAAGAAAAUCCCACAGUUGCUAACCCGCCCCAGGAAAAGAAAUCCAAGAAGUCCUUUGGAGGUUUCUUCCAGUCAAUACAGAGCAAAGCUGGAGCAGCAGGCACUAGCUCCUCUCUGACCUUAAGGGAAUCUGUGGAAGCAGAGUUCAACAACUACCUGCUAACACCUUGCAUAGAUAAAGAUCAAGAUGCACUUGCAUGGUGGAAAAUUUACCAAAUAAACUUUCCAAGACUCUCCAAGCUUGCCUGCAAGUAUUUAUGCAUUCCCGCUACGAGCUCGCCAUCAGAGAGGCUAUUCAGUGCAAGUGGGAACAUUGUCACAUGCCAACGUUCCUGUCUCAAACCCGAAAUGGUUGACAAACUGGUAUUCUUGGCCAAAAACCUGUGAAAACCAGUUGAGGAUUGCCGAAUGAAGCUGGGUGAGAUGUUUACCAAACACAGCUGUAGGGACGACUUUUGUUUUUCCUUCUGUGACAGCAAUAAGCUAUCUAUUUGUCAUGUUUAAUUAAGUUGUUGUUAGGUUAUGUUUACAAAUUUGUUGUUUUAAAGAGCUUUUUAUUUGUUGUUAUAUUUUGAGAACAACUCAGGGGACUUAUGCACCUGUUCUUUAAUUUAUUAUAUUUAAUAUUUUUUUUAAAUAUGUUUACAACUUUGUUAUUU